ACAGUUCAGCACACGAGCAGCAAUGGCAGCUAGGCAUUUUCUGCUUAAUCGCUUUCGGAUACACAGCUUCCAACGCUUCACCGUUUCGCCGCCUCAGGGGCACCGGUUAUGGUGCAGUGUCACGCCAUCAUCGGAAGAAGCAAGCAAGAAAGCUAGUGGCGGAACCCACCUCAAUGUCGAGGACGAUGACCCCGAAAUGAAGGUUCAAGAAGAGGAGAUCGUGAAGGACAUUCAACCAAUCCUCAUGCUAACUAGGAAGAUUCUUCACUCACCAGGGUACUUGUCUGGGGAACAUUUGACAAUGGAGGAUGAAAGAGCUGUAUUUGAGAAGCUUCUCGUUUACCAUCCACAUUUUGAAGAUAAGAUCGGGUGCGGUUUGGCAUCUAUUAUGGUUUACAUUUGACACCAAGACUAUUAAAGUAUCAUUUACGUGAACCAAUCUUGUUUUUCCCCAAAGUUGGCAGUAAGUGCAGCCGGUGUAACUUUAUUUUCUUGUAGGUUGAUCAUCAUCCCCUAUAUCAAAACUCAAGGUGCCUUUUCGUCAUAAGAACUGAUGGUAGCUGGAUUGACUUCUCCUAUAAGAUGUGCCUUCGGGAAUACAUUAGAGAUAAGUACCAAAAAGAUGCAGAAAAGUUUAUUGAAAGGUUGUGGAAACCAGGGUUUAUUCAAAAUCUUUAUGAGCAUUUGGAUCAUUGAGAUGUAUGUAUUGGAACUAUUGUGACUACUUUUAAUCCUGUGUUUUUUCCUCUUCUUGUCCUCGUCACCCCCCACCCCCCAAUGUUUUUAAUGGUAGUAGAUAACAAUUGCUUGGGAUAUCUAGCUUAUUUGUGAAGGCAACUUAGAAAAUCAUUGAAGUUAACUUCAGUUUGUUGACUUUUUAAUACUAUGGGCUGUAGAACUUCAUGAUUAGGUUUAAUUACAGACAAUGAGGAAUGGUAUUUGUAGACUGACCUGCCUUUGUCAUAGUUGAAAAUUUACUAGUAUUCAGCCUCCUCUUGCAUCAUUUUUUAAAUACUGCACCAUGUUUUGCACUAAAUGUUGAACUGUGUGGAUUCAUUCCCUGACAAUUAAUGGAACUAUGGAAGAGGUAAAGAAUGAUGCUACCUACAGACAUUUCUACACAUAUCAUCUUAGAUUUGGAUAAUAUCCACUU